AGAGAGAGUCUUACGCCAGGCCUGACCGUUCCUCAAAUCGCUGCUCCGAUAGAAGGAGAGAGAGAGGGGAAGAGGGAUCUUAGCGCGCGCAAAAAAUAAAAAGAAAGAAAAAAAAAAACGAAAAGAAGAGAAGAGGGGAGAGAGAGGUCCUGUCGUCUGAACUCUGGUGCCCUUCUUUAAAUGAAGUCACCUCUUUUUGCUUAUACGGAUUCAGGGACGUGAUCUUGGUCACAGCCUCACAGGAUAGAAAGUAGAGAGAGAGAGAGAGAGAGAGAGACGGGGAGUGGGGCUAGUUAUUCCAGACUCGGCCGUGUCACGGGAAUAAGAGCUUGGGAUUUAUUCCCGCCUCUAUUCUGGGCUCGCUUGGCCUGCCGAAUAAUGAUCCUGCUGCGGUUCUUGUUCCGUUGCUGUUCUCUCUGGUAAGCUGAUUUAUGACGGCGAAAACGAAAGAUCGAGCGUGUUUUGGUUCGGGUUUUGGGAAAGGAGUCUCCUUGUUGUUUCGUUCCGGUUCCGGGGAUUGGAGAUUGGGACUUUUUGCGACCGGAGAGUGGACAAAGAGUAAUGCACUUUAAAGACAGCACCAAAUGGCUUCACUGGUCCCCGGAGUCCUUCUCAAGCUCCUUCAGCACAUGAAUACAGAUGUCAAGGUUGCUGGUGAGCACCGCUCAUCUCUCCUUCAAGUUGUCAGCAUUGUUCCUGCCCUUGCUGGCAGUGACCUCUUCUCAAACCGAGGCUUCUACCUUAAGGUCUCCGAUUCUUCCCAUGCUGCCUAUGUAUCCCUACCUGAUGAGCAUGAUGACCUCAUCUUAAGUGAUAAGAUCCAAUUGGGACAGUUUAUUUAUGUCGUCCGCCUUGAAGCAGCCUCGCCUGUGCCUAUCCUCAAGGGUGUAAGGCCAGUCCCUGGUCGCCAUCCCUGUGUUGGGAAGCCUAAGGAUAUUGUGGCUGCCAGUUCCCUAUGCUUCCUUAGUACUGAAAAACCUCGGCUGUCUAAUGGCUCAAAGAAUGAUGCUAACCUGUCUUCAGAAAAAGAGAAGAACAGGCUGGGGAAACAGAAUGGAACUAUUAGAACUGAGGAGGUUGAAAAGAAAAAGGCACUACUUAGUAAGUCAAGCUCGGGGCUCUUGAAACAAGCAGUGAAUGGCAAAGUGGAGAAAAAGGAUGCUAAUUGUAUGAAAUCAAGAUCAAUGAACCCAAAGUCAAUGCCUUCAUCCCCAACAAGUGUUUAUUCAUUGCCUGCAUCAUUCGAGAAGUUUUCCGAUGAUCUUAAGCAGCAAGCAAAAGUCAAAGGGCUAGAAAAGCGAGCAUCUUCAGGAUUGAGUUUGUCGGAGAGGGCAGCUUCUGUUUUAAAGGUGGCGACAGCUAGCAGGAAGCUAGCUGUUGGAAAUUCAACGGGGAAUUUGGUACCAGGCAUUGAAUCAAAUCCCAGGGCUUUGAGAAGGAGCUGGGAAGGGAAUGUGGAGACAAAAGGGAGGAACUGUUCAAACUCAAAGGCAGGCAAACUCGAGAUGAAAACUGAGGCUCGAAGCACUUCUGUUUCUCAGAAAAAAAUGCCAUCAAAUGAUAAGUCUCUAGCUAAGGAGGACAAUAAAGUUCAAACUCCUGUAAAGAAGGGCACUGCAAAUGCAGCUUCAGAUGAUUUGGAUAAGUUAAAUAAACAACGGUCUUCUAUCAUAAAGAAGACACCAGAAGCCACUAACUUUCUUAAUCUUGCUAACUUGGUCAAGUUUGUUCCCAAUGGCAGCAAAAGAUGGGCAGAUGGUAGUGUUUCUUGGGCAUCACUUCCAUCAUCUCUCACAAAACUUGGAAAGGAGGUUUUGAAGUAUAGGGAUGCCGCACAACUAGCUGCUGUUGAGGCCAUGCAAGAAGCCUCUGCUGCAGAGAGCUUGAUUCGAUGCUUAAGUAUGUACGCGGAGCUAACUUGCACCGCCAAGGAGGAUAACCCCCAGCCGGCGGUGGAGCAAUUCCUAGACCUUUACGGCUCCCUGUCCCGCGCCUCCCUCGUCGCCGAGUCCCUCGUCAAGACCGCGGUAACCUCACCUGACCAGUCCCACGGCAGUGACCACAUCCCGUUGGAAGCCCUCAAGAUCUCCGCCGACAAGCGCCGCCGCGCUUCCUCCUGGGUCCGCGCCGCCCUCGCCACCGACCUGUCCACCUUCUCCCUCUACCACCACAAGCCCCACCUUCCGCCGCUCCCUGCCACCGCUGCCGCUGUGGCGGUGGUCCUCGACGUCCCAUCCAAGACGGCGGCGGCGUCCUCUCGGCCGUCUCCGGCGGCGUCGCCGACGGGUUCCAGUUCAGCGAAGCUGUCGCCGGCGGCGACCCCGCGGGGGAAGGCGCGGGGGGCGGCGGCGCCGCCGUCCCUGCCGACGGAGUGGGCCCGCGGGGGAGGACUGGGGGAGGGGGCGGAGCUGGCGCGGGCGCUGAGGGAGGAGGCGAGAGGGUGGUUCGUGGGAUUCGCCGAGCGGUUUCUGGAUGCAGACGUGGCGGCGCCGGGGCCGUCGGAUCGGGAGCAGGUGGCCGGGAUGCUGUCGCAGCUGAAGAGGGUGAACGAUUGGUUGGACGGGAACGGGCGGCGGGGGGAAGGGGAGGAGGCGGAGGCGACGGUGGCGGACGGGGAGGACGGCUGUAGGAAGGGGGAAGGCGUGCGAGCGGAGACGGUCGAACGGCUGAGGAAGAAGAUCUACGAGCACCUCCUCGCCCACGUGGAGUCCGCAGCCGUCGCGCUUGGCGGCGGGAGCCCGGCCGUGGCGGCGGCAGCAGGCGGAGAGCGUCCCGGUCGGAAAGGGUGAUCGAAUCUUCUGCUCGAAUCUCGAUUCGAUUUAUUCCUUGCAAUUGGAUUUGUGGUCCCGUGAUGGGUCGUGGCAUUUUGUAAGAGGGUUACGUGCCGGGAUCCUAGCGCGCACCGAUCCUGUGAUUCUGUUUGAUGGUCGCCAUGUCAGCAGUCCGCCCGAAGUUUGAAAGCCAAGUUGAUGAGUGCGUAUAGAGUUCUUUUUCCUAAUAUAUGAAAAAAGAAAUUUUGGUGAGCUAAAAAUUGCAACAAUCUGGGCUUCAUGCCUGAUACCUUUUCUUCUUAUUUUCUAGCCUUAAUUAUUGCUGAAGUUGUAUUUAUAUGUGCGGAAAAAGUGGAGAGGUGCAUUGUCUUGCUAGGCUUCUUGGUAUUUAUUAUUUUGUUUUCCAAACAUUCAGUUUGAAAUAGUUGAUCUUUUAGGGGGUGUUUGGUAACCCCAAUAGGAUCA